AUGACAUCUUUCCCGUUUCUUAUGACUCCCGAGUCGAUUAACAAAUUGGUUAUGCCUAAUUCUGCGAGUAUAUCGUCGUCCUCCUCAUCUCCUUCCACAUCCACUUCAUUUUCCAUUGACACAUUGCUCUCCAACCCCUUGGCUGCUCUUCCACAACUCCAAUCACAGAAUUUUCAAGAUCCAUUCGGAUCUUUAAAUGUUCCACCUGGCACUGCUUCUUCAAUGCCAUGGCAGUUCCAUGCAGCGUCUUAUCCAUUUUUUUCAAUGCUAUGUUCCCCCUUGAUGCCUCCAUUCAUGCCACCAUACCAUCAUCAACACUACGUAUCCCGACGAAAACGACGCCAUCGAACGAUUUUCAGUGAAGAGCAGUUGAAUAUUCUGGAGACGACAUUCUCAUCAACACACUAUCCAGACGCAUCGACACGAGAAGAAUUGGCAGUUCAGUGUGCGCUAAAAGAGGAGAGAGUGGAGGUCUGGUUCAAAAAUCGUCGAGCCAAAGAGAGGAAACAGAAGAAGGACGAUAGUCGGACGUCGAAGAACAGUGACGACUCGGAAUGCGAUGAAUCCGACGACGAAACCCGUAAACCGAAAAGGAUAAAACGAGAAGGGUCCGUUGGCAAAGAAACGAGCUCUCCUGAAUCCAAAGCAUCGCUGAAAUCCAGUUCCAGUGAGAACCAAGAAGUCAAGUCUGAAAAUUAG